AUGAAUUUCUUAUUAUUCCUGGCGUUUCUUGGAGUGAAUUUCGCUUCGUUCGAAGCUCGAAUUUCGGAAUCUCUGAAAGUUUCUCUUUCCGACGGAAGUCAAUUGAUCGGUCGCUACUUGAGUUCGCAUUCUGGCCGCGGAAUUCGCGCCUUCUUGGGAAUUCCUUACGCCGAAGCUCCGCUCGGGAAUCUGCGCUUCAGAGAUCCUGUGCCGAAGAGUCCUUGGACGGAAACUCUCUACGCCGCUCGUGAGCCAAAUGCGUGCUUGAGUGUGGAUUAUAUAUUCAGAAGUAGCAAUAAAACGAUCGGAAGCGAAGAUUGUCUGUACUUGAAUGUUUACGUGCCUCAGAAUCCUGAUUCAAAGGAUCCUCUGCCAGUGAUGGUUAACUUCCAUGGCGGAGGAUUCAUGACUGGACAUGGAGGAAGAAAGUACUUCGGUCCAGAUUAUCUUCUGGAUCAAGAUGUUAUUCUUGUUUCUGGAAACAAUCGACUGGGAAUCUUCGGUUUUCUCAGCACAAACACACUCGAAUGUCCAGGAAACUUUGGUAUGAAGGAUCAAGUUGAGAUCCUGAAGUGGGUGCAGAAGAAUAUCGGUCAAUUUGGUGGCGAUAAGGAUUCUGUGACGAUCUUUGGACAAGGAAGCGGAGGAGUUUGCGUAACUUAUCACACAAUUUCUCCACUGUCAAAAGGACUCUUUCAUCGUGCAAUUGCUCAAAGUGGCACGCAUUUCUCCAAAUGGGCUCAACGAGAUAGUGAAGUAUCAGCCGCAAAUACGAGAAAAUUGGCUGAGAAAUUGGAAUGUCCAGCAGAAGACGUGAAGGAAAUGAUUGAAUGUCUUCGCAAUGUUCCGUCGGAGGAUCUUAUCUCUCUCUUGAGUGACUUCUUCACUUGGAAUGUCUAUCCGCUGGUGCUUUGGGCUCCUGUUGUUGAACCGGAAAGUGAAAAUGCAUUUCUCACUGAAGAUCCUGCGAAACUAUCAGGAGGAGAUGACAUUCCGUUCUUGAUUGGAAUCACGUCAAACGAAGGAUCUAUAAUAAGCACUGGAUUGAUGCGAGAACAAAAUCUUAUUGACGAAGUUAAGAGUAAAUUGAAUGUUCUUCUGCCGGAUCUUUUCAUCUAUGGAGAUUACAAUGAAGAGAUAAGAAGCAGUUUGACAAAUAUGAUAACUGAAUUUUACCUCCAGAAUCGUGAAGUCGACUUGAAUGAUCCGGAAAUGUAUCAAAAGUUUACAGAUUCAGCCACUGACACGUGUUUCUUGAGCGGAUUAAGUGUUUUCCUGGAAAAACGGACACCGGAAAGUCUCUCGUCGAACACAUUUUUGUACCUCUUCAAUCACAGAGGCGAAAGCAGCUAUGCAGAAGUUCAACUGGGAAAUCCCGAAAUUGAUCAUGGUAAAAAUCAGUGA